UUUUCCGUUUAUUUUCUAUUUUCUUUCUAUAUUUUUCAGAUAUCUCAGCUCAGACUUUCCACUACUCUGCCUAAGCACUAAACACUAAGCAAUAAGCAAUAAGCACUAAGUAACAUACCUUAAUGAGUUUGAAAUUUGUACCUCGAAGGAUAUUUCCGAAUUACAAUAUCCCUUUGGCUAACUUUAAGGGUCAUCAUCAAAAGGCUCUUACUAGAUUUGGACAUUUAGCACCUCAAAUCGAUUUAGUACUAGAAGUUCGAGAUUCUCGAGCUCCAAUAUCAACUAUAAAUGUUUUAUUUAGGAAAAUAUUAGGUAAUAAAGAAAAAAUCGUUAUUUAUAGUAAGAAUGAUUUAUCAGUAUUAAAAACUGAUAUUAUUAAGAAAUGGCAUGAAUCAUUAAAUGAAAAGGUUUUAUUUAUUGAUUGUAAUAAAAGGAGUGAUGCUAAAAAGGUAAUUAAUUUAGUUACGGAGAAAUAUAAUUCAAUGGAUUUCCCUCCUCCUUUAGGGUUAAGACUUAUGAUAGUAGGAAUGCCUAAUGUAGGUAAAUCAUCUCUAGUUAAUAAUUUACGAUAUGUUGGUUAUUCAUCUCAACAAGAAGGAAGUAUUUCAAGUAAAACUAGAAAAGUAGCUAAAACUGGAGGUCAACCAGGGGUUACAACAAGUACAAGUGAAGUUAUUAAAUUAUCAGAAGAUCCAAAUAUAUUAGUUUAUGAUACUCCUGGAGUAUUUCUUCCUACCAUUAAAGAUUCAGAAACUAUGUUAGCAUUAAGUUUAGUAGGAUGUGUUCAUGAUUCAUUUAUCGAUCCAGUAAUUCAAGCUGAUUAUCUUCUUUAUUUACUUAAUUUACAAGAUCCUACCGGAUCUAAAUAUUCUGAAUAUUUAGAUCAUCCAACUAAUUCAAUAGAUGAAUUAUUAUUUAAUAUUGCUAAAACAAGAGGAGUUAUACGAACUGAUGGAACUUAUGAUGAAGAUGGUAUGGCAUUACAUUGGGUAAGUCUUUGGAAACAAGGUAAACAUAGAAAAUAUAGAGGACUCUUUGAUUUAGCAGCUAUACUUGAAUAUAAUGAAAAGGAUUUACAACAAAUCUUUAAGACAGAAAUGAAUAGAACUAAAGAAAUGAAAGUUCAUGAAAAAAUCAUGAAUAGUAAUAGUGAUUCUGAUGAUAAACAUAGGAAAAGAACAGCUAAAGAUAGAGAAUAUGAUUUAAGAAAUAGAUUAUUCAAAUAAUAAUAUGG